GCAAUCAGAGAAUUCUGGUUUAUGAAUACAUGGAAAAGACCAGUCUUGACAGAUUCUUAUUUGGAAAAAAUAAAGGUUCUCUUGAUUGGAAGCAACGAUAUAAUAUAAUUUUAGGAACAGCAAGAGGUUUGGUUUAUUUACACGAGGAAUUUCAUGUUCGUAUUAUACAUAGAGACAUAAAGACUAACAACAUCCUCUUGGAUAAUGAUUUACAACCUAAAAUUGCUGAUUUUGGCUUAGCAAGACUUUUACCUGAGGACAAGACUCAUCUUAACACAAGAUUUGCAGGAACACUAGGAUAUACAGCCCCUGAAUAUGCAAUUCAUGGACAGCUAUCAGAAAAAGUUGAUGUAUAUAGUUAUGGUGUUAUAAUCCUAGAAAUUGUUAGUGGUAAAAGAAACAAUGAAUUAAUGCCGAUGGUGCUGAUGAAGGCGGAUUCCUCCUUCAAAAAGCUUGGAACUUGUAUAAGAGAGGCAUACAUUUAGAAUUGGUGGAUGAGACCUUAGACCCUAAUGAUUAUGAUGCAGAAGAAGUGAAGAAAAUAAUAGAGAUUGGUUUACUUUGCACACAAGCAUCUGUAGAAAUAAGGCCAAAGAUGUCUGAAGUAGUUGCAUUGCUCCAACAAAAGGAUUUAUCAGAGGAUAUGAGACCCACUAUGCCUAUUUUGAUUGAAAUUGGUUAAAGGUACAUGGAAGACACUUGGAUUUUAACCUCUGGUACCUUCUCUACAUAUGAAGGUGUGGCUUCAAGUUUUGAACUCAAAAAAGACAAAAGAAAACAAAAAACUCACAAGCAUCUGUAGAAAUAAGGCCAAAGAUGUCUCGAAAUGAUUGUCCUUAAUUCAUUCCA